UUAAAGGGGCAACCGAACUAUUUGAAAAUUUCCUUAAAAUUGAUGAAGAUAAAUGCGUACCACCAACUGAAGAAAAACAAUUGGGAGAAACAUCUCAACAGCAAGCACCACAGGAAUUGAAACAAUAA